AUGAACGGUUUCAGCAAUGGCACAGGCCACUCUUAUACCAAUGGACAUACCAACGGUACCAACGACUAUACGCAUGCCAACGAGCACGGACCAGGUAAUGGUCUCAACGAUGAUCCGUAUCCUGAGUCUGUUCCAGUGGCGAUAUGCAGCAUGGCCAUGCGGCUGCCGGCAGGAAUCCGCGACGAUGAGGCACUCUACAAGUUCCUGGUGAACAAGGGAGAUGCCCGAUCCGUUACGCCUGCGGAUCGUUACAAUGUUGAUGCAUACUAUAACCCAGAUGGGAAGCAUGGAACCGUCAUAACCAAACACGGCUAUUUUCUCAGUGAUGUCGAUUUUGCGCAUUUUGAUCAUUCCAUGUUCACAGCCGCUGCGGCGGAAGCCGAACUCAUGGACCCGAAUCAGAGGCUCGUUCUUGAGGUUGUUCGAGAAGUAUUGGAGAGGGCUGGCGAGAACUGGCGUGGUAAGCCAAUUGGGACCUAUGUUGGUAUGUUCACAGAGGAUUGGCAGGAGAUGCACCACAAGGACAGUAACUUCUUUCACCCGUAUCUUAUGAUGGGAACGCUGGACUUUGCGCUGGCGAAUCGCAUUUCAUACGAAUAUGAUCUCCGAGGUCCUAGCGUCAUGUACAAGACGGCUUGCUCUUCAGCCGGAGUCGGUCUCCAUGAGGCAUUGGAGGCCAUUCGACGAGGAACCAUUUCAUCAGCUGUCGUAGCCGGGACGAAUCUGAUCUUGGCUCCAGGACUAACGGUAUCUAUGAGUUUGCUUAUGGCUCUUUCCCCCGAGGGUUCAUCAAAGUCCUUUGAUGCCGCUGCAGAUGGAUAUGCUCGAGGAGAAGCGGUUACUGCUUUGUACAUCAAACGGCUGGACGACGCAAUCCGUGAUGGCAACCCUAUUCGAGCGGUCAUCCGCUCUUCAGCGGCUGGUGCUGAUGGCCGGUCACGAGGUGGGAUGGCAAAUCCGAACCCAGAUGCUCAUGAAGCUAUUAUCAGAAGGGCGUACGCUGCUGCUAGCCUUGACAUGUCGCAGACUGCCAUGGUGGAAGCCCAUGGCACUGGCACACCGGUUGGAGACCCGAUCGAGGUAGAGGCUAUUGCGCGCUGUUUUGGAAAAGAGGGUGCGUAUCUAGGCGCGGUGAAGCCAAACCUGGGACAUAGUGAAGGGGCCGCGGCUAUUACCAGCGUUAUGAAAGCUGUGCUUUCUCUGGAAAAUCGAACUAUCAUUCCGAAUAUCAAGUUCCACAACCCAAACCCUGCGAUUUCAUGGGACAAAAACAAACUGGUUGUUCCUGUGGAAGCAACCGCGUGGCCGGCGGGACGGGCCGAGCGCAUGAGCAUAGGCUCGUAUGGAAUAGGCGGCUCGAAUGCACAUUUCAUCAUCGACUCUGCCGCGUCAUUCAACUUGGGAGUAGCCAGGACCAUACCGCCUGCGGUCCAAGAACCAAGGCAGCCACCGGCCUUAUUAUUGUUCUCAGCAGGACGCCCAGAGGCCCUCAAGAACAUGAGUAAACAGCACGCGGAUUACCUCUCAAAACACCCGAAGAGACUGGCAGAUGUUGCUUAUAAUUUGGCAGAGAGACGUGAACGUCUCAAGUAUAGAGCCUUCUCUGUCAUCACAGAAGGUACGGAGCAGUUGGACGAUCCUGUGGCAGUCACUUCCCAGGGAAUCGAGCAAGCUGCGUUCGUCUUUACAGGGCAGGGCGCUCAAUGGGUAAAAAUGGGCCGACAAUUGAUGGCUGACUACCCUCCAUUUUUGGCAAACAUUCAAUCAAUGGAUCAGGCACUUCAGGGGCUCGGCGAAGAUGCACCAUCCUGGUCAAUUGAAGAUAUACUCUUCUCGUGCGAUGACCAGACAGUUCUGGCUAAAGCUGAACUAUCGCAGCCACUAUGCACGGCUAUUCAAAUUGCGGUCGUCGAUAUCCUAGCUACGUGGGGGGUUGCUCCCUCCGCUGUUGUUGGACACUCAAGUGGUGAGAUUGCUGCAGCAUACGCCGCCGGUGCUUUGUCGAAGGGUGACGCUUUGUUUGCUGCCUAUUACCGAGGAUUUGUUUGCAAGCUCCCUACUAGAGAUGGGGGGAUGGCAGCUAUUGGCCUGGGAAAGGAUGCAGUCCUGCCUUUCGUGCUGCCUGUGGCCGGCGUGAGAAUUGCCUGUGAAAAUAGUGCUUCUGGUGUUACAUUAUCGGGGGACUCAGAAGCCCUCCAGCGGGUCAUGGAUGGGAUCAAGGGCCAGCAUGGCGAGGUAUUUACGCGGAAGCUUUCAGUUGAGAUGGCCUACCAUUCGGAACAUAUGGAAGAUGUGGGCGACAAAUAUCGGGAGCUCCUCUCCAAUCAUCUUGUCUCACGGCCACCCACGAUUCCGUUUUACUCUAGCGUAUAUGGCGGCACGGUCCUGUCGAACUCAUCUGACUUUGGUCCAAGCUAUUGGCAAGAUAAUCUUGAGAGCCCUGUCCUCUUUCAUACCGCAGUCAAGGCUCUGCUUCAGGAAUCACCCCGGAUGGUCCACGUAGAAGUCGGACCGCACCAUGCCCUACGCGGGCCACUGCGUCAAAUUUAUCAGGAGACUGGCAUCUCAGUGCAGCAUAUCCCCACUCUAUCUCGAGGUGAAAAUGAUACUCGAGCUCUCUUGUCCACAAUCGGUCAGCUCUAUACAGCUGGGCUGUCUGUUAAACACCCUUCAGAGCCCGGUCAGUUCCAUCGUGUGCUGUCAGAUCUUCCUCCAUAUCCGUGGCAGUAUGAUCGGGCAUACUGGGCAGAAACGCGAGUCAUGCACAAUUGGAGAUUCCGCAAGCAUGCACCCCAUGACCUUCUGGGCACACGGACCCUUGACUCAACCGAUAUCGCUCCAACCUGGCGCAAUGAGAUCCGCGUUGGCGAUGUCUCUUGGCUGAAGGACCACUGCGUGGGAAAUGACAUCGUCUUUCCCGCGGCGGGAUACAUUGCCAUGGCUGGCGAGGCGGCUUGUCAGCUCGGUGAAUCAACCAGCAAAUCCCAUGACUAUACAGUCAAAGAGGUUGAGCUGCGCAGAGCUUUAGUCCUCCAGACCGAAGGUUCGAAAGAGAUGGUCACAACCUUGCGACCCCAGAAGCUCACAGCAUCUCUCAACAGCGACUGGUAUGAAUUUUCCAUAGUCUCUUAUGAUAAUUCCACAUGGAAUACGCACUGCUUUGGCCUGGUCCGCCGCGGGCGUGCAUCGAGACCCCCGCAAGACCCGAAGAAAAUCCCAGAACCACUACCGAGAAAAGUGUCGGCUAGUCGAUGGUACACAACUCUCAGUCGUGUUGGUCUCAAUUAUGGUCCUCGAUUUAUAGGGCUAAAGAACAUCACUGCUGGGAUAUCAGAGAGAAGCGCAGUAUCAGACAUCACAGAUAACCCAGGUGACCAGUCCGAGUCAUCUUACCCUCUCCAUCCAACCACGCUAGACAUCAUGCUUCAAUCAUGGACCGUGGCCGCUUUUCAGGGGAUCUAUGGCGCCUUUAACAAAUCUUUCUUGCCCACAUUUAUUAAAGAAAUGUACGUUGGUGCCGGUUCUGGGCAGGACAUUCGCGUCAAGACAGCAACUUCCAGUCAAACUGCCGCCGCAGGGCGGGAAGGAGUCGAAGGACAAGCGUACGGGGUUAUUGGCGAGAAUGGACAGAACGUCUUCGUCCUCAAGGGUUUCCGGGGAACUCCGCUUCCCUCAGAAGAAGAUGAGCCCGAACUCACAGCUCUGCAAUUGCAAUGGAAGCCGGAUGUCUCAUUCCUUGAUGCAGCCAAGCUCACUCGUCCCACGUACGAUUUCCGGGAACAAAUAGCCUUGGCUGAAAGACUUUACGUCCUCUGCGCUUUGGAGUCCUAUCGGAGUCUCAAAAGCGUGGAAUCUACCCAGCCUCAUUUUGAGAAAUAUCGAAAGUGGAUGAAGUCCCAGAUUCCCCGCUUCGAACUACCAGGGUAUCCGCUUGUUGACACCGUUGACAUGGUGAAUAUGACAUCCGAAGAGCGCCGACAACAUAUCCCAGAGCUCCUUAAAGAGUGCAAGGAAGCUGGUGUUGGUGCCAUGGCGGAAGCUGUGUGGCGUACGUACGACCAAGUUGUCAAUGUAUUCGAAGGAAAGACCGAUUUCCUGGACCUACUGAUCCACGAUGGGACGCUUGCAGGUAUUUAUGACUGGAUGCACAACAUCUGGGAUGUAAGCGAGUUCUUCCAGUUGCUUGGCCAUGCGCAACCUCAAAUCCGGAUUCUUGAGAUUGGCGCCGGUACAGGGGGGCUCACGGCCAAGAUCCUCAAGCAGCUUCAAUCCGAAUUCGGCGAGAGACUAUACUUCCAAUAUACUUUUACUGAUGUCUCCUCUGGUUUCUUUGUUGCCGCUCAAGAACGCUUCAAGGAUUAUUCUGGGAUGGAGUACAAGGUCCUUGACAUCUCAAAGGAGCCUGUCUCUCAAGGUUUCAAGGCCGGGGAAUACGAUCUUAUCAUUGCGUCAAAUGUCCUCCACGCGACACCCGUCCUGCAUGAAACGCUAUGCAAUGUUCGAACGCUCUUGAGUAGUCAGGGCCGGUUAUUCUUACAAGAGCUGUCUCCAGUAACAAGCAGUAUGGUGUAUAUAAUGGGCCUGUUCGUUGGUUGGUGGCUGGGAGAAGCCGAUGGCCGCACCGAAGCCCCAUAUUUACCUGCUGAAGCAUGGGACGAGAAGCUCCGCGCCGCGGGCUUCAAUGGGUGUGAGGCAGUGACAUUUGAUAAUGAUCGUCCGUUCCAUGUGAAUGCGAAUAUUAUCUCGAGACCGGCAGUGGACUUUGAGUCUCAGGCAGAUAUCACCCUGCUCUCGGGUCCAUUUAGAGUCCACCCACUAGCUGUGGAAGUCGAAGAACUACUGCAAGAACAGGGAUAUCGCACCAAACAUCACCAAUGGGGCAACGAUGGAGAGUUACUUCCUGAGCAGGAUCUAAUCUCUUUCGUCGAUCUCGACCGCCCCCUUCUUAAUAACCCAGGAGACGCGGACUGGGAUCACUUCAUCAAAGCCAUCGAAACGCUGCAACAAACCGUGGUUUUGUGGCUCACGAACCCGGCCCAAGUCAAUUCAAAGGACCCUCAUGCUGCCAUGAUCUUAGGAAUGGCCCGAACCAUUCGAUCUGAACUGGCCAUGCCAUUGGCAACUAUGGAGAUGGAGGAUUGGAACCUCCCGGGAGCGGCCAAGGCAGUGUUGAAUGUCAUGAAGAAGGUUCAGCAAGGCAAGGACGACAUGACUGGCAAUCUUGAUUCGGACCUGGAAUACGCCUGGGUGGAUGGGGAGGUGCACGUUGGACGUUUCCACUGGUACACUGUACCGAACGCCCUACGAAACACUGCGCCAUCGCCACCAGAUACCAAGGCACUCUUAAUACAAAAGCGAGGGCUAUUACAAUCCCUGUAUUGGUCCGGUCAACCUCUUCCAACCCUCGCAGACGAUGAUGUGCAGAUUUCUGUCAAGGCUGUCGGUCUUAAUUUCACCGACGUGCUCAUUGCCAUGGGUCUGGUACAUGGUGUCGACGCCCUUGGUAACGGCUUUGACACGUUUGGAUUGGAAGGUGCCGGGUACGUUAGCAAGAUCGGAGCUAACAUUGACCACGUCCAAGUCGGGGAUCGCGUCGUGAUUCUUGGAACCAGCUCUACUGGCCUGGCGACGCAGGUGCAAAGGCCUGGUCGUUUUACGUUGCGCAUUCCCAACAGGCUCAGCUUCGAAGAUGCUGCCACUAUGCCAUCCGUGUAUGUUACGGUGCUCCUGGGCUUGGUAGACAAGGCACAGCUGGAGAAGGGUCAGUCCAUCCUGAUCCACGCGGCAGCAGGGGGUAUAGGAAUAGCGGCUAUCCAUGUUGCUCGCUGGAUCGGAGCUGAAAUCUACUGUACUGUGGGAUCGACGGAGAAGGCAGAGUUCCUUAUGCGCGAAUUCAGGAUCCCGCGCGAUCACAUCUUCCACUCGCGAGACACCAGCUUCUAUGACGAUCUCAUGGUUGCCACAGACGGUGCUGGUGUGGACUGUGUACUGAACUCGGUUUCAGGUGAACUUUUACACGCGACCUGGGAGUGCGUUGCCGCAAAUGGAUGUAUGGUAGAGAUUGGUAAGCGUGACAUGAUCGGCCGCGCCCAACUUGCUCUAGACAAAUUUGAGGAUAACAGGACGUUCUUCGGGAUCGAUGUUUCCCGGCAUGUUGGGCUGCGAAGGGCGACGGGUGGCCGACUAAUGGAACUGAUGCUUGAUCUAUACAUCAAAGGUCACAUCAAGCCAAUCCAUCCAGCAACCGUCUUUGAUGCGACGGAAGUCGAAGAUGCCUUCAGAUACAUGCAACAAGGCACACAUACUGGCAAAAUUGUGGUCAGGUUCCCUGAAAAUGAAGAAAGCCUCCCGUGGACCCCAGCUAUUCCUCAACCAAAAUUCUGUGGCGAUCGAUCCUAUCUGCUUGUUGGCGGCAUGGGAGGACUUGGACGAUCAAUUGCCACGUGGAUGGCCACUCAUGGUGCCAAGAACAUCAUUUUCCUCUCUCGAUCCGCGGGUAAAGGAGAAGACGAUCCUGCCUUCAUUGAAGAGUUGGGGUUGAUGGGCUGUAAUGUGCAAGCAUUUGCCGGCGACGUGGCCGAUGAAAUUUUGGUAAACCAAAUAGUAGCCACGGCCGCCUUGCCAAUCGCUGGAGUGAUGCAAAUGGCAAUGAUCCUGCGCGACAUUGGUAUCCUCGAUAUGGACUUGGAAACUUACCAAGCAGUCAUCCGACCAAGAGUGCAAGGUACCUGGAAUCUGCACAAUGCACUGUUAAAUCAGCCCCUGGACUUUUUUGUCCUAUUCUCGUCCGUCUGUGGAAUGGUUGGAUAUUAUGGUCAAGCAAAUUAUGCUGCAUCAAACUCUUUUAUGGACGCCUUUGUUCAGUAUCGCCAUGACCGUGGUUUGGCGGCAUCAGUUCUGGAUAUAGGAGCAGUGGACGAUGUGGGAUACAUCAGUCGCACCCCGGCCGCCAAGGAUACGAUGCUAGCCAUGUCGGGUCGCCUCAUCUCAGAAAAUGAUUUUCUGGAUGGCUUGCAUCUUACCAUUUCUCGAUCAGCUGCGCGGUCUGUUAUGCCUAGGAGUCUUGUAGGCACGAAGGGCGUCCAGUUUCACAAUCCAAGCCAGAUUACACAAGCCCUGGAAUGUCGGCUACCAAUCAUGGACCCGCAGAAUAACAUGAUAUGGAAACGAGACCCUCGAAUGGCUAUAUACCGCAACAUUGAAACAGUAGCAACAGACGGCGCUGCAACCACAAGUGGCAUGGCUCCAUUCCUCGCAAUAAUGGCUGAGAGUCCAGGCAAGUUAGAGCAACCGGACGCAAUUGACUUCCUUGCUGGCCAAGUCCGGGAUCGCGUGGCAAAAUUUCUUAUGCGAAGAGAAGAUGAGGAGCCAUUAGAUAUAGGUUUAACGCUAGCCGCAGCAGGAGUAGACUCGUUGGUGGCCAUAGAAUUGAGGAACUGGUGGAAGCAGAACCUGGGCGUUGAUGUAUCGGUAUUAGAGCUCAUGAAUGGGGGGAGCAUCCAGCGAUUAGGGGAACUGGCGGCCAAGCGACUUCUCGGACGAUUCACCAAGGUGUGA